UUUGAUGCCACUUUCGAAAUUUGAAUCGAUCAAUAAAAAUAAAUAUACAGCCCAAGUGUUUCAUAUUUUUUGACAAACUUAUUUUAUAAAAAAGAACUUUCUACUCUUUCUCAUAUACUUAUGAAUGUAUGCACAAUCUUAAAUAAUUUUAUUCGCAAUAAAAGAACUGGGAAAUGGAUGAAAAAGUAGGAAUACAAAAUGUAUUGUGCAUGGCUUGCUUAUGUGUUGAUCGCGCGUUAAAUAAACUUCACAAUGAAGCUUUAAAAAAGUACUAUCUGGAUGCACUUAAUGAAAUACCGCUACUCAGGCCUCUAUGCAUUGAGCCAGUGGUAUGUUGGGAUUGUGCUGUUAUGCUUAAGAAAUGUCUCACAUUUCGGGAACAAGUGAAAGAUUCAUUCAGAAUACUGCAGACUUAUACAGAAGAGACCCUUCAAGAGUGCCUGUUAAGUGACGUGUCUCGGCCGCCACGAUUGAAAAUACACGUAAAUGAGAGUAUUAACAUUUUACCGAAUAAUGAAAUAAAAAUUGAAUUCGAUGUGGAAACGGCCAACAUAGAUCGGGAGCUCCCCAAAUGUGAUUCGGAUGAAGAUGCAAAUGCUGAAGAGAUCCAGUCCAUCUCCUGUGACGUGAAGGAUGAAUAUAAAUAUUCGGAAGACAGCGGAUCAAGCGCGAGCGAGACAGAUCGCUUGUCGCUGCCAAAUAAUGGGGAGAUAAAAUUGGAAUUUAAUAAUGAAAGACAGGUUGACUAUAUCAACGAGCAGAAGUUCCUCUUGCCAAGUGGCUUCAACGCGAAGUGUGUCCAGACUGAGCUCGAUAAGAAAAAUAUCAGACAUAAAGAUACAUCAGAAUUGAAUAAUAAAGAUAUUAUUGAAGACAACAAGAAUUCACUGAAUUUGGACAUGGAAUCUUUACAGCUAGACAGACACAAAAAGAUAAACAAAUCUUUCUUAAAAGAAAGGAAGAUGGCCAGACUGAGACGGAUCAAUGAGAGAAGUAGGAGAAAGAGUGAGAUAGAGGGACAAACGAAACGAAUCCACACAAUACAGCUGACAUACGAUCAGGUGAUGGCCGAGAGGUCGGCACUGGCGGCGAGCCACAGCUUCCUCAGCUCCACAUACAAGUGCGACACCUGUCUGCUCACAUUCACGAAGGAGACCGCGUACGUCGCGCACAUGAGAACGCGCCACGAUUCCACUAUCGGAAACUACACGUGCCCCGUCUGUAAAACAGUGCUGCCAUCUAUUGAAAGGUUCGGCUCGCAUUACAAAAGGCAUAUGAGAAGAUACGAAUGCACAGUGUGUAAGAGGCGUUCAUUCGACGCCAAAACAUUGCAAAGACACUUUGAGACUUCGCAUAGUGGCGAGGCUAAAACUUAUUCGUGUGACGUUUGCGGCCAUGUGUCUAGCACAGCGGAUCAGCACAGGUACCACAGGGACACGCACAAGCGGCGCGUGCAGUGCCGCGACUGCGAGAAGACAUUCACUCACAGGUCGGGGCUCUUGAACCAUAGAAUAUCGGUUCACGAGUCGAAAAAUGAGUUCCCCUGUCAGUUUUGUAAGAAAAUAUUCCGUUGGAAGGCGAGUCUCAAGCGACAUCUGGAGAAGCACGCCACUACCAAUCAAAACCCCGAAGCGUUUUGUUCACCGUGCGGCGUCGGGUUUGCGUCGGUCGCGUCACUGCAGCGCCACCUGAAGAAUAGCUUGAAGCACGUCACGCCGGAGCAGUUUAAAUUCAUCUGCGACCACUGCAAGCGCCGCUUCGCCGACAAGACGAAGCUGCGCGUGCACAUCGAGGACAAGCAUUUGCACGUCACGUACCAGUGCUAUAUAUGUAACAAGCCGUCGAAAAACAGCACCUGCCUGGAGCAGCACAUCCGCAACGUGCACAGGGGCAGACCUAACAACAAAAUGUGCCAUCACUGCGGGAAGGGGUUCCCUACGAAGGUGCAGCUGGACUGUCACAUACGCAUACACACGGGCGAGAGGCCGUUCAUAUGCGAGUUCUGUCCGACAACUUUCUCCCAACAAUCCAAUUUAUAUAAGCACCAUAGACAGGUACAUCAAAGUAUAAAAAUGAAUAAAAAGAAAUUGCCAAUACUAAAAAAGGACGAAAUUCCACAGACAAGUGCUGAAGUGCCGAUGGUGUUGCAAUAUAUAGCUUUACCAGAUGUUUUUGGUGUCUGAAAUAUAUAUAUUUUAGU